AUGACUGCUGUACUCAAUCUGGUCGAAAAGCAGCGGAAUGGUGAGACCAUUGAGCAGUCCCAGAUCAAAAACGUUGUCGACUCCUUUGUUUCACUUGGCCUAGACGACAAUGACACCUCAAAGACGACGCUCAUAGUUUAUCAAUUCUACUUCGAGAAGCCUUUCAUAGAAGCAACCAAGGGUUACUACGAAGGUGAAUCAAGACGUUUCGUUGCCGAAAAUAGCGUUGUGGAAUACAUGAAAAAGGCAGAGGCUAGACUGGAUGAAGAACGAGCCCGAGUGGACCUAUAUCUGCACCCGGAUAUCACCAAAAAUUUGAUGGACACUUGUUUGGAUGUCCUUGUGUCAGCGCAUUCGCUACUAUUACGGGACGAAUUCCAAUCUCUUCUAGAUGCAGAGAGGCAAGAUGAUCUUGCCCGAAUGUACCGCCUUCUAUCAAAAAUAAAAGAUGGACUCGACCCUCUGCGAAACAAAUUUGAGACUCACGUUAGAAAAGCAGGUCUGGCUGCAAUUGACAAAAUCGCUGCGGGCGGCGAUAAUGUGGAACCGAAAGUGUACAUCGAUGCCCUUUUGCAAGUACAUUCUAAGUACAAAAGCAUGGUUGAUGCGGCUUUCGGAGGAGAAUCAGAAUUCGUUAGGUCUUUGGAUAACGCUUGUCGCGAAUUUGUCAACCGAAACGCACUUUGCCAUACAAGUUCUACCAAAUCGCCCGAACUCCUUGCUCGGUACACCGAUUCUCUAUUGAAAAAGGGUGCGAAAUCCCCAGAGGAAUCUGAAUACGAGGAAUUACUCGGACAAAUCAUGACCGUUUUCAAGUACAUCGAGGAUAAGGACGUUUUUCAAAAAUUUUAUUCUCGUAUGCUUGCGAAGCGUUUGGUUCAUGUGAGCUCAGUCUCAGACGAUGCCGAGACCAGUAUGAUCAGCAAGCUUAAAGAAGCUUGUGGCUUUGAAUAUACGAACAAAUUGCAACGUAUGUUCCAGGACAUUCAGAUAUCUAAAGAUCUCAAUGCUAGUUACAGAGAUUGGGCUGCAAGCACUUUCGACGAAGAGGACCGCAAAAGGAUGGUUGACCCGCAUUUCCAAAUCCUGGGUACUGGAUUCUGGCCCCUUAACCCUCCUACCACGCAAUUUAUCCCCCCCACAGAGAUCUCGAAAACAACUGAACGAUUCAAGAGUUUUUAUUGCGACAAGCACAGUGGCCGUAAGCUAACUUGGCUUUGGCAAUUAUGCAAAGGCGAAAUCAAAGCGAAUUAUAUCAAGAAUACGAAAGUUCCAUAUACUUUCCAAGUAUCAACAUAUCAAAUGGGUAUUCUUUUGUUAUACAAUGAGCAUGAUACACUGGACUAUGCAGAAAUCGAAAAGGCCACCUCACUGUCUCCAGAAACUUUGGACCCCAAUCUUGGUAUCUUAGUAAAGGCGAAGGUUCUUCUUCCCUCUCCGGAUGAUGGUAAACCUCGCGCUGGGACUUCAUAUUCUUUGAAUUAUAAUUUCAAAGCAAAGAAGAUCAAGGUCAAUCUAAAUAUCCAAGUCAAAUCAGAACAGAAGUCGGAAUCAGAUGAUACACAUAAGACAGUUGAAGAAGACCGAAAACUUCUAUUGCAGGUAAGUAUCUUUUUUUCUUCAUUGUUAACUCCUUACUGA